AAGAAAAUAUACGCUGCCCUAGCAAAGCAUAGUGCCAUUUCUGUCGGCGGCACGAACCCGGUCAGACCCGGGAGAAAUCGACGCACCGAUGGGAUAUUGCUGCUAAUAUCACAUGGACUGUUGGCGUCGUCGGAUGGGCUACUGGCGGCGGGCAUGGCCUGGCGACCAGACAGUACGGUAUGGGUGCGGACAACAUUAUCAAAGCCGAGAUGAUCACCCCACAGAGAGACCAAGUCACUGUCAAUGCGUGCCAGAACCAGGACCUCUUUUGGGCGAUUCGUGGAGGAGGUGGCGGGACCUUUGGGGUCACUCUCUCAGUCACCAUGAACGCUCAUCAAUCUUUCCAUCGCUCCCAAGAACGGAACCACAUCGGAUGCAUGGUAUGGACUGGUCGCAAAGAGCCACCAGUAUCUGGCGCAACUCCAGGACUCCGCUCCGGGAUACAUGGUUACUACACCAUGGGAGGCUCCCCGCCCGCAAUGAACGGCUCCCUCCUUCUCUACAACGCUCAGAAUGGAACGGCUGAGAGACUGCUCAGUCCGAUUCAGGAUUUCCUGCGCGCUCAUGAUGAUUCUGUGGAAUCGACGGUGAAGUCUUUGAUGACUGCGCCAUGUUAUGACAUUGUUCAGACCAUGCCAGCGAUCGAAUCUGCGGGGACGACUCAAGGCGCUAAAGCCUCGAGGCUCAUCCCACGGCGGGCUGUCAUUGAAAACGUUGGGAUUUUUGCUAGGACUUUGAAAGACCUCAUGCCUAGUGAUGACUCUUCGAAGGUAAGCUAACCGUGCUGUACUCCCCGUGCGACCACAAUCCUCCCCCCCUGCUACCUCCUUCCCCUCACUUGGACGGCGUCUCGUACUAAGAUAUAUACCAGGGCAUAGCCACUCCCUCAAUAUUGGUCACCAUGAAUGGCAGAC